GAUGAUGACAAUAGCAGCAACUACCAACUCCACUGAGGGAGAGAAUGUGACCCCUCUGGGAAUAGUCACCAUCAUUGUGUUGCUGAGCCUGUGUGGCCUGGCAGGGAAUGGGACCAUCGUCUGGUUUCUCAAGUUCGGGGUAAAGAAGAACCCCUAUUCUAUCUACAUUUUUAACCUGGCCAUGGCUGACUUCCUCUUCCUCCUCUGCAUGGCUCUCUCGAAUGUUCUUAACAGGCCCGAGUUUGGUCCCUGGUCCCAGACCAUUUCUGAGGCCUUUAAAAGAAUAACGUACCUUGCAUAUACCCUGGGGCUGAGCCUGCUGGCCGCCAUCAGCACUCAGCGCUGUCUCUCUGUUCUCUUCCCCAUCUGGUACCGAUAUCACCGCCCCCAGCAGCUGUCUCCCCUGGUGUGUGCAGUACUGUGGCUUCUGGCCAUCCUGGAGAAUCUGGUAGCUAUCUAUUUCUGUGUCAUCCAAAAGGAAACUAAGAAUCCAUGUCAAAAAGUAGACUUGUUUUUUGUGUUUUUGAUUUUUGGGGUCUUCACCCCAAUGAUGUGUGUAUCCGGCUUGAUCCUGUUCAUCAAAGUCCGGAGGGUCUCCUCAAAACGCCGGCCGGCAAGGCUCUACAUCACCAUCCUGGUCACUAUCUUAGUGUUCCUCAUCUGUGCCCUCCCCCUUGCAAUCCACUGGUUUAUUCUUUUCUGGCUCAACAUGAGUAAGAGACUAAAAAUGAUUUUCUAUGAUGUGGCUAAAAUAUUCUCUUGUGUGAACAGCACAGCCAACCCCAUCAUUUACUUCAUGGUUGGGAGUCAGAGGGACAAAAGGGUUCAUGAGCCCCUCAGGGUCAGGCUAGCGAGGGCUCUGGGAGAUGAAGAGACAUCCCCCACAGAAAUGAUGGAGCUGAGGUCGGACCGUCACGGGGCUCAGGAUGGAGACGAGGACACGAAUGAGAAGUUCCCAGGGGUAACUGCCAGAUAUGGAGACCCCCAGCCCAUCUGACGGCCCCAGCCUGUGCCCACUCCAUCCCACGGGGAUUUCCCUGACCCUUGAUCUCCCCGCCCCACUCUCCAUCUGGGUUUUCCCGGUUGCCAGAAGUUCCGAGCAACCAAAGGAGUGACUGGCACCUUGACCAACGGCGCAGUGCCCUGAUAUCAAAAUACUUAACCCACAAUAAAGCAAGGCAUCCACAAGUCAC